AUUUUUGCUUAUUCUUUUCUUUCUUUUUGUUCCAAUUCGAAGCUCACAAUUCCUCCUAUUUCCUCUCACUCGCCUCUCUACACCGAUAAGAUUUGUGAGAUGUGAGAUGUGAGAUGGGGAAGCGAUCUUAAAGUUGAAUUUCUAGUUUUGGUUUUGGUUUCUAGCUAUAUCACGUCGCUGGAUCAUGCGGUGAUAGCUAUAGAGCUCUGUUAAGUGAAUUGAAUUUUCCCCCUUUUUCCACACCUACCUCCAUCCGUAAGCGCGAACACUUCGAAACCAUGGCGGGAAAAGUUAGACAUCCGAUUGAUAUAGCGACGUUGGAGCGCUACAUCACCGAAAAUGUGCCAGAGAUCAAGGUGCCGUUGGACGUGAAGCAGUUCGGUUUCGGCCAAUCCAACCCAACCUACCAACUAACCUCUAAUCCCACCGGCUCCAAAUAUGUCCUCCGCAAAAAACCCGCCGGCAAGCUGCUCUCACAAGCCGCCCACAAAGUCGAGCGCGAGCACCGCGUAAUCGCCGCCCUCCAGUCCACCAACGUGCCAGUCCCACGCGCAUACUGUCUCUGCGAAGACGCCAAAGUCCUAGGCACACCUUUUUAUAUAAUGUCUUUCGUAGCAGGACGCAUAUUCGAAGACGCCGCCAUCCCCGAAGCCAAAUCGCCCUCCGAACGCAAGGCUCUCUGGCGCGCAGCCGUCGAGGCGAUAGCUGCUUUGCAUACAGUUGAUCCGAAGGCCGUCGGAUUAUCCACGUUUGGAAAAAGCGGGGGGUUUUACGCGAGACAGUUAAAUACGUGGAAGCAGAUCUGCGAUGCACAAGCUAACACCAAAGAUAUCGAGACCCAGCAACCGGUAGGUGAGAUCCCGCAUAUGCAGGACUUAGUCACGUUUUUCAGAGACGAGGGGUUGAGACCGAGAGAUAGAGUCACGCUCGUUCAUGGCGAUUAUAAAAUCGAUAAUGUAGUGUUCGCCGCGGAGGAAUCGCGCGUUGCGGGGAUAUUGGAUUGGGAAAUGAGUACGAUUGGGCACCCGUUGAGUGAUUUGGCGAAUUUGAUGCAUCCAUUUUAUAGUGCGAGUAUGUCGCAGACUCUGAACGAAUCCCAAUCCACGGGUCUGGAGGCUAUUAAAGCAGUCUCACAUCCGGGCUUCCUCCCCGGUGCCACACCGGGCCUUCCCACGCCCGCUGAGGUCCUGGAAUGGUACGCCGCGGCCGCGGGCUGGACCCCGACGCCUGAGGAAGUGGGUUGGGCCAGUGCGUUCAGCGUCUUCCGACUCGCGGCUAUAUGUCAAGGUAUCGCGGCAAGAGUUGCUAAGCGCCAGGCUAGUAGCGCUGAUGCCCGACGACAUGCUUCGGCUGUGAAACCGUUAGGCGAGUUCGCCUGGGCGUUAGUCAAGAAGGAAAAGGAGAAGAGGGGGAAGCAAGGAGGACGGGAGGCGAAGCUAUGAUGUGAUUUGCGUUAGGUACUUGGGAUUAUUCGAUUUGGCGGGCGUCUAUUGACUUGUAAACUUAUUGAGUAUGAUUGGUUACCUAGGUACAUGUGGAUUAUAGUGAAAGCAAAUAAGAAAUGACGACAACAUUAUCUCAUGUAUAAUCUAAGGCAUACCGAAUUUACUUGAGGCAUUGAAUCUCAAAAUACCUACGUGCUAUAAAUCUCAUUCUACGAAUCCUAAGUAGAGCCGUACGUUUCUUAGCAUAGGUAUCUCAAUUUGUUUAUAUACCUACCUAGCUAUAACUAUUU